AUGGCAUUCAACGAAGAGCAUGGGGAAAAGGAGGUCUUCAGAAACCGCUCAGAAGUGAUUGCUAUGGAAAAAUUGACCGAUCAAAUCGGAGGAAGCUCCUCUAUCUUGCCUAGACCGGGAGUAGUUCACUUUUCUGACUGCGAUACAAUGAAGCUGACUACUGACGAAGAAGGGAAGGCAAAACCGCCAAAGAAAAAAAAGAGAAAUUUUAAGCUGCCGCAAAAAAAGGUGAAAAAGUACGAAGGGGUUAGACAAAGAAAGCAGGGUAAGUGGGUUCCAGAUGUUCGAGUCUUAGGUACUAAAGAUCGAAUCUGGAUAGGAACAUUUAGUACUGUUGAAGAAGCUACUUUGGCUUAUGACAAGACUAUCAAUGAAAUGAAAGGUGCUUACGCUGUGACAAAUAUCCUCAAGCCACCACCAAGAUACCCUUCACCAAUGGAAAUCAUCUACAUGAAUCCACCAUCUUCAUCCAUAUAUAAUGCUAGGAUUUAA